AUGCGGAAUUUUCGGAUUCUGCGGCCGUUGUUCGGAUGGUUCUUCGGCAUCUCCAUACUGCUCACGUCCCUAUUUGGCAACUAUGUCAUUUGUCUAUUUCUGUUCAUUUUGCUGUUUGGAAAACACAAAAUGUGGAGGCACAUGAUGGAUCGAGCGAUUUCCUAUUGGAUGAUGAUACCAGUGGGACUUCUUGAAUAUUUUAUGGGUGUUCGCGUGCGCGUCAGCGGCGACGAGAUUGAAUACGGACAUCCUGCACUAUUUAUUAUGAAUCAUCGGACUAGACUCGAUUGGAUGUAUAUGUGGUGUGCUUUGUAUCAAAUCAAUCCGUGGCUAAUCACAUCGAAUAAGAUUUCACUGAAAGCGCAACUUAAGAAAUUGCCAGGAGCCGGUUUUGGCAUGGCCGCUGCGCAAUUUGUUUUUCUCGAGAGAAACGCCGAAGUGGAUCGAAAAUCGUUUGAUGAUGCCAUUGAUUAUUUUAAAGGGGUCGGUAAAGAUUAUCAGAUUUUAUUGUUUCCUGAAGGAACCGACAAAUCCGAAUGGACAACGCUUAAAAGUCGAGAAUUUGCGAAAAAGAAUGGUCUUCGAAAUUUGGAAUAUGUCCUUUAUCCAAGAGUUACAGGGUUUUUGCAUUUGGUUAAUAAAAUGCGCAAAGAAAGGUACAUUGACUAUAUUUAUGACAUAACGAUAGCUUAUCCUUAUAAUAUUGUGCAAUCUGAAGUAGAUUUGGUUGUUAAAGGCGCUUCUCCUAGAGAGGUCCAUUUUCUUAUUAGAAAAAUUCCAAUAUCUCAAGUCCCACUUAACGAAGUAGAUGUGACAAAUUGGCUGAAUGAGCGGUGGUUUAUUAAAGAAAAUAUUUUACAUCAAUUUUAUUCUGAAGAGCAGCCAAUCAAUCGUCAAUUUCCUAUCGAACGCGGUGAUGGACUUUGGAAAAGUUGGAAAGAGCCUCGACUUCAUCAUUAUGUUAAAUUAUUUUCGCUGCUUUUCUGGUUCAUUGUAAUUUCGGCUUGCUUAUAUCAUGUCACUUUUGUGAAAACACUGCAGAUUGGCUAUUUUUAUUCGUUAAUCGCUUCGAUAAUUCUCAAUUGUGUUUACGGUGGAAUCGACAAGUUCGUGAUAUCGAAAUGGCAAAAUUCUGUAGCAAAUUCUUGA